AUGGAAGACAAGAUGAACAACACCCCUUCCCAUGAGGACCUUGGGCACAACAUCACCCGGGGCCUCACGAACGGAACGGGAAUCACAAUGCCUCCUGAAGUCUUUGAGAAGCUCUAUCUCUCGCCCCACAACAAAGUGAAGGGAAGUCUAAGGCAAACUUUUGCGAACCCUACACCCAUCGGUAUCUGUGGAUUCAUCAUCGCACUAGGGCCUCUGGCUUGUAGUUUGAUGGGAUGGCGGGGAGCCGCAAGCCCUGGUUUCUCAGGAAUCCCCCAAUACAUCUACUUCGGUGGCAUUCUGAUGAUCUUAAGCUCAAUACUCGAGUUCUUCCUCGGAAAUACGUUCCCUGCUGUGGUCUUUUCGGCCUUUGGCGCCUUCUGGCUCACCUUCGCCGGCACUUUACUUCCUCAGUUCAAUGCGUUUGCCGCAUAUGCUCCCGCAGACGCAGCAAGCGCCGCCGAGGGUCUACAAACGACUGAAUUUAACUCCGGAUUCGGCUUCUAUACCCUUUCCAUGGCGCUCCUCAGCUUUGUUUUCCUGAUUUGCUCGUUUCGGACCAACAUUCCGUUUGUCAUCAUUUUCUUCACGCUUGUCCUGGCCCUUAGUCUGAUCACCGGCGCGUAUUGGUCUCUGGCCGGUGGAUACCUCGAAAAUGCCGCCUAUGCUACGAAGCUGUUGCAGGCCUCUGGAGCGUGCUUAUUCGUGACCACUGCGUGCGGCUGGUGGAUCUUUAUGGCGCUGAUGUUGGCAUCGGUUGAUUUCCCGUUCUCGCUCCCUAUUGGAGACUUGAGCACACGGGUGCCCGGCUCCCGAAAGCCUGCAGACUGCGAGGCGUAA